AUGGACGCGCUGGACCCGCUCUGCAGCGCGCCGACGUGCGUGCAGUCGCUUCUGGACGCGCCGUGCGUGCGCGGCUCGGCGGCAUGCUACGACUACAACUGCGUGUACAUACAAAAGAAGAUUGUCUAUUGCACCAACCCCACCUUUGGCGGGUGCCAAAACGGCGUCAUUUGCCCCAAGAACGUGUCGACGCCAGUGCCGACCUCGAACGCCCCGUCGCCAACGACCAGCUUGACGCCGCCUCCGACAACAGUCCCGACGCCCGACCCGACGACUUUCAAGCCCAUGGACGACGCCCGCACGUCCAGCAACCACACGACGAGCAUCAUCCUGGGCGUCCUCUUGGGCCUUGUCAGUAUUGGAGCGCUCGUUGUCUACAUGUGCAUUCGGAAGCGGCGCGAACGCGAAGAAGCCGAAGACACGGAUAUCGAGAUCACGUCGUAUCGCCACCGAGAGCCCCGCCCGGCGCCGCCGACGCAGCGCCAUUUCAUCCUCGCGUCGUCCGCGCAGCAGCCGUCGAGUAUGCUCGACUCGGUCGCGAGCAAGUCGAUGUUCAACACGACAGGGCGGCAGUCCAACCACGAUUUGAUGUCGCAAAAGUCCGAUUGGUGGCAGCACUCGACACCAAGCAACCCGUCGGCGACGCAGUACGACACACGAGGCGGCGCCGAGCCGAGCCUGUGCCACAUCCUCGAGGAGCGCAAGACCGAGCCGCAUCUCGCACGCUAG